AAGAAGCAGCAGCGGCGUCAGCAAUGUCGGCUAAUAACUUGGUGUUUGCGCGCUACCGAGAAUGGAAAGAAGGAAGCAAGAGAACUCCAUGUUCAAUGUACGGCUGCAAACGGGUCUACACGGACACGAGUGCGUUAGAAAUCCACAUAAAGGACCAUGAGAUCCCAGCAGAGUCUCUUCCAGGGAAAGUCUUUCUCUGCUCCACCACCGGCUGCAAUGGCUCCUUCCCCAACAUGCAGAGACUGAUGGAACACAUGAGGCACCAUUACAAACCCAACAUAUACUUCUUGUGUGAGAGCUGUCGCACAAAGCUGAGAUCUUACCGUGGCCUACUGACUCACCUGCAUACAUGCUCCAAGGUGCCGCGGAGCAGAGCAAAGAUGACCGAAGCCACGCCAGCUCAGCCUGCUGCUGUGACCGCCCCGGUCUUAUCUACUGCAAUCACUGAGCAGAAUGUUCCAGAGCAGCAGUCUGAGUCCACAGCCCAGCAGCUGCCCACUCAAAUGCAAAAACCAGAGGGUUCUCUCCCUGCCAGUGUUGCUCAACAAAAUUUUACUUGUGCUCCUCUCAGUUCUGCAUCCUUGUCAAACCAAGACACCUCUACUCAGCAUUUGAGGGAGAUCUUUCUGCUUCCUCAACUCAAGAAUGAAGCUUCUGUGCCUCCAAGCCUGAAAGCCCAGUCAGUCCUGACUGAACUCCCUGAUGUCCACAGUCAAAGCCAUCCACAAACUAGGUCUCCAGAGAUGGUCCUUCCUGCUCCACCAUCAACUCUGCACUCACCCUCGAUGUCCACAGCGGUCUGGAAGAAGAAUCAAGGUGUGUCCUGCAGUGUGCGCAUCCUUUGGGAGCACACUAGAGGGCGUUACAGGUGUGUGCAGUGUGGCACACAGCAAGUAACCGCAGAGAUAUCACGCAACAAUCUCAACACUCAGCACGGGGGGAGUAAACCCGCAGAAGACACAGGGAAACCCCGCUGCUAACAGUUAGUUAGCACGCAGCGUAGUCUGGUGUUUUAGCCACACCCCACU